UGUCCUCGCGCUGCACGAGCUCGGACUGCUGGAGAUCUCUGCGAGGAGGAGGAGCUGUCAAAGUUUGACUUUCCCAGAGAAGGAAAAGUCUUAUUACUGAACGAGAAAAGACUAAAGUUUUUUUUUUGUUGUUGAAGUUUUGACAAAGCGGAAUAUCUCGCGUCGUUGGCAUGGUGUGACACCUUCUCUCCGGGAGCUUCAAAAACAACGAUGGCAACCCGUUUUCUGAAGUGGAUCUGUCUCACCUCUGUGCUCUUCUUGGGCUGCUGUGUUCUGGCGGAAAGGAAAGUAUGCCAAGGCAUCAGCAACCGUUUAAAUCUUCUGGGUUCCAAAGAGGACCACUACCUGAAUAUGGUGAAGACCUAUAGCAACUGCACUGUGGUCCUGGAGAACCUAGAGGUCACCCACAUGGAGGAGCACCGUGACCUGUCCUUCCUCAGGUCAAUUGAAGAAGUGGGCGGCUAUGUCCUGAUCGCCCUCAACUCAGCGUACACGAUUCCUCUCGAGAACCUGCGCAUCAUUCGCGGUCAUUCGCUCUAUGAGGGAGUGUUCGCCCUUGCUGUGCUUUCCAAUAAUGACAAAGAGACAGGCCAGAGCUCACGGGAGCUUCUUCUGACCAGCCUGACAGAAAUUCUAAAAGGAGGUGUGAAGUUUUCACGCAACAAUCUAUGCAACGUGGAAACAAUCCAGUGGAAUGAUAUUGUCAGUGCAGACAGCAAACCUGACAUAGAGUUGCCAGUGCCCAGCAAUAGUCCACUUUGUAAAAGAUGUGACUCAAGCUGCUUCAAUGGAUCAUGCUGGGCACCUGGUCCUCAAAACUGUCAGACCUUAACAAAGCUGAAUUGUGCACAGCAGUGCUCUAAGAGAUGCAAAGGACCUUCACCCAGUGACUGUUGUAAUGAGCAUUGUGCUGCGGGCUGCACUGGACCAAGGCCCACUGACUGUCUGGCCUGUCGGGACUUCCAGGAUGACGGGGUGUGUAAGGACUCCUGCCCGGGCCUCAUGCGCUAUGACCCCAACCUGCAUCAGCUGGUACCCAACCCACAUGGAAAGUACAACUUUGGGGCCACCUGUGUCAAGAGCUGCCCACAUAACUAUGUUGUGACGGAUCAUGGAGCGUGUGUGCGGACAUGCAGUGGUAACACAUAUGAGGUGGACGAGGGAGGAAUCAGGAAGUGUGCCAAGUGUGAUGGACUGUGCCCAAAAGUGUGUAAUGGACUUGGAGCAGGAGAACUGACUAGAGCCCUGUCUAUCAAUGCCACCAACAUUAACUCCUUUAAAAACUGCACGAAAAUCAAUGGCAACAUUGGUUUCUUUCACACAUCGAUUCAUGGGGAUCCAUAUACCAACACACCAAAAAUGGAACCUGCCCAGCUUGAUGUGUUUAAGACAGUGAAAGAAAUUACUGGAUACUUGUGGAUUCAGACGUGGCCAGAGAGCUUGCGCUCACUCAGUCCUUUUGAGAAUCUGGAGAUCAUUCGAGGACGAACUAAACGUGGUAGCCGCAGCGUGGUUAUAACUCAGCUCGGGAUCGACUACCUGGGCCUUCGCUCCCUCAAAGAAAUCAGCGAUGGAGAUGUGGUCAUCAUUAAGAGCAAGAAUCUGUGCUACACCAAAAAAAGCCACUGGAAGAGGCUCUUCAAAUCAGAAAGCCAAAGUGCUACCAUAGAGGAAAUUGCUGAUGAUGCCGCAUGUGCUCAAAGGAACAACACUUGUGACAAGAAGUGUACCGAGGACGGCUGCUGGGGCCCUGGCCCAGACAUGUGUUUCGCCUGCCGUGACUACAGCCGUGGUGGGAGCUGUGUUGACUCCUGCAACAUCCUGGAGGGAGAGCCACGGGAGGCCGUCAUGAGCAAAACCUGCAUGGAGUGUCACCCCGAGUGUCAACGCAUGAAUGGGACUGCAACCUGUAGUGGGCCUGGUUCUGGAAACUGUACGAAGUGUGCCAACUUCCAAGAUGGACUGUUCUGUGUGUCUCGGUGUCCCCAAGGCGUGCCAGGGGAGGACGACACGCUUGUGUGGAAAUACGCAGAUGAGAUGAAAGUGUGCCAGCUAUGCCACAAAAACUGCACUCAAGGGUGCAUUGCGCCUGGUCUUGAAGGCUGCCAGAGUAAAAGCCCUUCUGGUCUUUCCAUGAUUGCGGCUGGUGUAGUCGGUGGACUGCUGGCGGUUCUUCUCGCGGGCUUGUCUGUCUUUGUGUUGCUACGCCGACGCCACAUCAAAAGGAAGAGAACCAUGCGCAGACUUCUCCAGGAGCGAGAGUUGGUUGAACCUCUGACUCCAAGUGGAGAGGCACCAAACCAGGCUCUGCUGCGGAUCCUGAAGGAACCUGAAUUUAAGAAAAUCAAAGUGCUGGGAUCGGGGGCUUUUGGUACAGUUUACAAGGGCCUGUGGGUUCCAGAAGGAGAGGAUGUGAAGAUCCCAGUGGCCAUCAAAGUUUUGAGAGAGGCCACAUCACCAAAAGCAAACAAAGAGAUCUUGGACGAGGCUUAUGUGAUGGCCAGCGUGGAACACCCCCAUGUGUGUCGUCUACUUGGCAUCUGCCUGACUUCCACAGUGCAGCUCGUCACCCAGCUGAUGCCCUACGGCUGCCUGCUGGACUAUGUCAAAGAGAACAAGGACAACAUUGGCUCCCAGUACCUGCUUAACUGGUGUGUGCAGAUAGCAAAGGGUAUGAACUACCUGGAGGAGCGCCACUUAGUACACCGUGACUUGGCAGCAAGAAACGUCCUGGUGAAGACUCCUCAACAUGUCAAGAUCACUGACUUUGGUCUGGCCAAACUCCUCAAUGCAGACGAGAAAGAGUACCAUGCGGAUGGCGGAAAGGUACCAAUAAAAUGGAUGGCUCUUGAAUCUAUCCUGAACAGAACAUACACACACCAGAGUGACGUAUGGAGCUAUGGUGUAACAGUUUGGGAGCUGAUGACAUUUGGUACCAAACCGUAUGAUGGGAUUCCAGCCAGUGAAAUAGCUGGGGUCCUGGAGAAAGGGGAGCGGUUGCCUCAACCACCAAUCUGUACCAUAGAUGUCUACAUGAUCAUGGUGAAAUGUUGGAUGAUUGAUGCAGAUAGCCGACCUCGUUUCCGGGAACUAAUAGCCGAAUUUACAAAGAUGGCUCGGGAUCCUUCUCGUUAUCUGGUCAUUCAGGGCGAUGACUGCAUGCACCUGCCGAGUCCCUCAGACACUAGAUUGUACCGCAGCCUGAUCAGCGGGGAGGACAUGGAGGAUGCUGUGGAUGCAGACGAGUACCUGGUGCCACAACAUGGCUUCUUCAGCAGCCCGAGCACCUCCCAGACCCCGCUGCUUCACUCCACAAGCCUCAACAGCAGCAUUGGAACGUGCCACAGCAGGAACGGCUUAUUGAAUGGAUUCCCGAGCAAUGAUGGAAGCCUGGUUCUCCGGUAUAUUCCUGACCCCACAGACAAACUUUUAGACGACGCCUUCCAGCCAGCUCCAGACUACAUGAACCAGAACGGAGUCUCAGAUUUGAUGAACCCCAUCUACCAACACCCUGGUCCACCUCGUAGCAUCCUACCGACCAUCUCCUCAGAGGACACAGAGACAGAGUACCUAAACUGCUUUAAAAACGGGACUAACGGACCCGAGUACCUCAACGAGGUCCCGUCCCCCGCCAUCCUCCCACUCACCUCCAAUGGCACGGUCCACAGCAUUCAGAAAUACCUUCCCCAGAAUAGCAUAGACAACCCUGAUUACCAACAGGAUUUCACUCCCACCUUCAAGACCCACGCCAACGGGCACAUCCCAUUGGUGGAGAACACAGAGUACCUGGGUCCAGACUGAGGACUUAGUGGAUACAGAGAAGAAAUAAGACUGAUUCCUGUUCCAUUCAGAAAUUGCUUUGCUGUCUUGGCUGGAAAAGGACAGCUAAGUGGUACCAUCAAUUAUCAUGUAUGUUGUAUCCUGUCUCACGGAGUCAGGUGACACUUUGUGCAGCUUCCCGUGUUGUUUGCAUGCAGUCAUACUUGUCACGCAAAUUCCCUCUCAUUCCAAAGAGUUUUUUCUUUCCGCCAGACUACAAAUGACUUUUUCUUGAUGAAAGCUGGAUGGAAGCUGACUUGUACAUUGCUCAGUUGACCUGAGAGUUGCUGGACCAGAUAUAUACAUGUUGUAACCCAUGUCCUAAAGUGAAAGUCUCUUUUGAAAGCCUCAGAAGAGAAAAUCUCUCUAAAAGUAAUGCACAAAAUUCUGUAUGUGAUCCAAAUGUGUCAGUGGAGGACAGCUAUAUUUUUUUAGGAGGCAGACAGUCUACUGCGAAGAACAGAAACUGGAAGCUUAACCUAAAACACAACCUAUGGUACAUGUGUUGUAGAAUCACAAGUUAGAUACACAAUCAGCUAACAGUAUUGAUAUGUUGAAAUAUAAACACACCACACAGUGGUGCUUUCAGUGGACGCUGAUGUGAAGCUUCAGAAGAUUUCUCUGUGGUGAAGUCAAGCUGAUUAAUGGGAGUUUUAAAGGGAGUCAGUGUUGGCUUGACUGUUAGGGACCUCAGAGGCCUGACGACGCUCAUCCUGAACGAUGAGUCAAUGAGGAUGUUGCAAUUUAUAGACUGCAGCCAGUUUAAAGGGGAAUACUGUUGAAUUGUAAAAUUUAAAUGGGUUAUGCUUUAAGACAGUUCUAUAUGUAUUACAGAGAGUAGAGUUUCCUGUGUCCUCCCACACUAACCAUGUAGAGAAUGUAACUAAAUGUAGCAUAUGUGAUUGAGCUCAUAUUCACACUGCUGUGUUUUGCAGUCCAAAACCUGCAGACCUCCUGUAGCGUGAAGCAUAUUGGUGUGUAAACCCACAAAGUUGGCUAAACCCUGAGUUUUAUGUCACAUUAGUUUGUGGACCCAGGAAGCUCUGAUGGCCCUUUUACUGAUUACUUCCAACAGAUGGUAUCUUUUGUAGCACUACGACUGCACAGCUUAUCAAGUUUUUAGUGAUCAACAGAUUGACAUGACAGCAAAAAACUUUACCAGGAAAACUAAAAAGCUUCAAAACAGGGUUAAAGCCACCACUUUGAAAAUUUUUCAGUUUUCACAAUUUUUAUAUAUAUAUUUUUUUUCUUUAGUUUUUUUGGAAAAAUGCCGGUUGAGCUGUCUUAGGUCAUGUGAGUAACUUCUUUGAAUUUGUAGAUUGGAAGUAGUGUUUCCCUGUAAAUUUGUAGACUGUGUUGUUUCACGCCGUAUCCAUGAAUCUGCGCCUAGCUUUAAAGUCUUGUAGUCUUGCAAGAGCAUUAACAUUGCAAACAUUAUUCCUAGUUUUAAAGGAAUAUACUAUUGUAGCAAUCUGUACACCUACUUUUGCAGAUUUUACACAGGUACAUGUACAGAAAACAAUGAUUAUGCUGUAAUAUACCCAAAAAAUAGUAUAAUUUAUACUCAGUACACGGUUUUGUCACAUCAUACGUGAAUAUGCACUUAUUCCUGAAUUGUGAUUAUUUCAUUCAAAAGUGAAGAUGAAUAAAUCUUUUUUUCUAUGGAAAA